AUGCGAAGGAAAUUAGUUUUACCAUUUCCAACUGGAAGAUUGUUUUUGACUUGGGAUGAUGGCCCUGAUGGACAUGAAUGGAAAUCGCGCGUCCUAGCUGAAAAACGUUCCUUGGCGCUAACAUACCUUGGAGAUGUAAACAAACGGGCACAAAUUCAUGACGCGGUUCGCUUAAAAGGUGAAGUUAACCGGCAGGCCAUUCGAGCUUAUGAGAUGCCGAAAUUCUUUCAGGCAGACAAUGCUGAUGAGAGCGAGAACCUGGACCGCAUUGACUAUCAAUCACUCUUGGGCAUGGUCGAGGGGGAAUUUGAGUUUGAUACUUUAUCGCAUGUUUCUUUGUCUGAUGCAAAUCUAUUGAAAAGCGAAUUUUUGCAUGAUGAUGAUUCAACUGAAGUGAAGCUUUUGAGUCGAUGGGCUAGUCUUCGUCGUGAUAUCGCAGAUUAUCAUACCUAUGCUGCAAUUCCAGACGGGGAACGUAACGUAUGGUCUGCAUGGUAUCUUCGUAAUGUGCGGGCGAAUAAGACUGGAGAAGAGUAG